GUUAGAUAUAGUUACCUUUGAAAUCUCAAACGCACUACACAUCUGUCUAAACAUGAAGUUCCUUAUCGUCUUCGUUGCUCUCUUCGCCCUGGCCGUGGCAGCUCCUGCUGAAGUUGAAGUAGUGCGCCAGUUAUUGGAUGUCCAGCCUGACGGCUACAAGGAGGAAACGGUGCUAUCUGAUGGUACUAGCUCACAGUCUGAAGGUGUACUUACAAAGGCUGGCACAGAACAAGAAUCUCUUGUCGUCAAGGGCUCAUACAGCUUUGUUGCCGACGAUGGUGUUACCUACUCUGUUAGCUACAUUGCCGAUGAGAACGGUUUCCAGCCACAGGGUGCUCAUUUGCCCGUUGUCUAAACAUUUGAAAGUUGAACUUUUAAUAAAUUGAUUGUUUUAU